AUGCAAUCUUUUGUACUAAAAUGUAACUACUUUAAAAAAAAACUGAUUAAUCAGGGUAAAGUAUAAUUAUUAUUGCAAAUAUCAAGAAAUGUAACUGUUAAAGGAGAUGAGGUAUAUCAAUAUAUUGAACGAAGUAAAACUCCAACAAUGCAUUUCCAACCAUCUUUACCACGUUUACCUAUUCCAAAAUUGAAGGAUACUUGUAGAAGGUAUCUAAAUGCGCAAAAACCAUUGUUAUCUAAACAACAGUUAGAAAAGACAAUGGUUUAUGUUAAUGACUUUUUGACCACGGAUGGUAUCAGAUUACAUAAGGAACUAAUUGAAAAAGAUGCUAAAAAUCGUGAUACUAGUUAUAUUAGUGAACCUUGGUUUGAUAUGUAUUUACGAGAUCGUAAACCUUUACCUAUCAACUACAAUCCCUUCUUAGUACUUGAGCCUUCUUUAAAUUCAGAAUAUGAUAUACAAUUAGUAAAAGCAACAAAUCUUACUGUAUCAUCACUAAGGUUUAUGAAGUCAUUAAAAGAUAAUGUCUUACGGCCAGAAAUAUUUUAUUUAAAACCUGAAACAGCUCAUAAUGAUGUAUUUCAUGCUGUUACAAGAUUUCUACCACCUCAAUUUAGUUGGUAUGGAGCUUAUUUAUUUAAGGCUUUUCCAUUAGAUAUGUCACAAUAUCAUAACUUAUUUAAUACAACAAGGUUGCCAAAACCAGAAAAAGAUGAAAUUUAUGAAAAUACAACUGGAAGUCACAUUAUUGUUAUGAGAAAGGGACAUUUUUAUUCUUUUGAAGCAAUGGAUAAAAAUGGUUAUAUUUGUAAACCAAAUGCAAUAGCCAGUUGUUUAAAAUCUAUUUUAGAAGAUACUAUAUCAACUAAUGAAUGUCCCAUUGGAAUACUUACAACAUUAAACCGUGAUUUAUGGGCUAAUACAAGAACACAUUUGUCACAAAUUGGUAACCAAGAAAUUUUACACAAAAUAGAUUCUGCUCUAUUUAUGGUAAUAUUAGAUGAUGUGCAUGUUGGGACUGACUACAAUAAGUUAAUUGCAACAUAUCUUCAUGCUGAUGGAACAAACAGAUGGUUUGACAAAUCAUUUUCUCUAAUUAUUACACAUGAUGGAUAUGCUGGGAUAAAUUUUGAACAUUCCUGGGGAGAUGGAGUAGCUGUAUUAAGAUUCCUUAAGGACAUAAAAUAUGAUAUAACAAAACAGCCAACAUUUUGCGCUGAUGAUAUCAAACAUCUUAAGAAAGGGGCAUUAGAAGUCAAGAAAUUAAAUUUUAUUAUAGAUAAUAAAAUACAAAAUAUUGUGAAUAAGCAGAAAGAGGAAUUUAAAAUAUGGAUUAAUGACCUAAGUGUUGGUCAUAUAAUAUUUAAUAAAUUUGGUAAAAAUGAAUGUAAAAGAUUUGGUGUAAGCCCUGAUGCAAUUAUGCAGUUAGCUUUUCAGUUAGCUUUAUUUUAUCAAAUAAACUGUGUUGUGCCAACAUAUGAAUCUUGUAGUACAGCUGCAUUUAAACAUGGUCGAACUGAAACUCUUAGAUCAUGCACAAUGGAAACAAAAAAAACAUGUGAAGCUAUGGCUCAGAAAAAUAGCAAUUUAUCUAAAUCUGAAAUAAAAAAUUUAAUAAUUAAUUGCAGUAAAAUUCAUAAUAUACUAUCUAAAGAAGCUGUUAUGGGACAAGGGUUUGAUAGACAUUUGUUUGCACUAAAAAAAGUUUGGGAACAUUCAAAUAUUAUGAAACCAGCCAUUUUUGAGGAUUCAGCAUAUGAUAAUAUAAAUAAUAAUAUUUUAUCUACAUCAACUCUUUCAGAUCCAGCUAUAUUUGCUGGAGGUUUUGGACCAGUAAUAAAAAAUGGAUAUGGAAUCGGAUAUAUGAUACAAGAUGAAAGAUUGGGAGCUGUUGUGACAAGUUAUAAAAGUAAUUGCAAUACAGACGAAUAUAUAAAGUGUUUGGAAGAGGCAUUUAAAAAUAUUCACUGUGUAAUGAAUUAUGGAAAAUGACACUAUUAUAUAUAUGCAAUCAUUAUCCAGUUUCUAUUAUAUCAAGGAUAACAAGAAUUUCUAAUACUGUUGAUUAUACUUAUAAUUCUUACACCUAUAUAUGAUACUAAUCCAGAAAUUAUGUUAUUGUUAAAUGAAUAAAGACCUGCUUUUUUA